ACUUUGUUUGGUGGUGACAUCGGUAACAUCGGACAUCGAAAUAAAUUUAAACAAACUAAAUGAACAGGUUUCGCUAGCGGCACAUGGAUUUAACGUUAAACAGUACAUAGAAAUAAAAAAGUGCCUUUUUGAAACUAUCAAAUUUCAUGCGACGUCACUGGGAAUUGCAAGAACUUUUGUAAAAAUGUUUCGGAAAAUGAUUGCUUGCUAUUUUAUUUAUGCAACGAUUAGCAUUUCAAGUUUACUUUUGUGCAUAAAUGGGCUGAGACAAUCAUUGGCGGCCAUUCAACCAUUGGCUUGUUUGAACGUGGUAUUAAUGUGGCUUUUUAUCUAUUGUUAUUUCGGUGAUGAACUAACAAACAGAUUCGACGUCAUUCAAAAUAAGGUCUAUCUGUGCAAUUGGUAUUUGUUUCCGUUAAAUUUGCAGAAAUGCAUACCAAUGAUUAUAUUUUCGAUGCAUAAACCAAUUCAUUUACAAGGAUUUGGCAGUAGUUCAUGUACUCGUGAUACAUUUAAAAAGAUCGUCAACGCUGGGUUUUCCUACUUUACUAUGCUUCGCCAACUUAGCCCCUAA